AUGGGUAAAGGUGUUAAGGGUGCCGCCUCUGGCGAGCAACAUGAGAAUAUUGAAAUGUUCGACACUGCUCAGCAAGGAAGCUACAUGGACCGCCGCGACAUGACCAAGGAUCAGAUGGAGGACGCCGUCCGCUCUGGCAGCGUUCCCCAUGUCAACACUAGCGAAGCCGUCGAUAUCGCAAAGAAUGGUGGCUGGGAAGUCGACGCCCUUAUGACAGAGAUGCAGAACGAGAUCAACGCACAGGGUGGAGAAAAUAACGGCCACUUCGAUCUCCAAUUCAAGAACCCCAAGCACUUCACUUGGCUCAUUGUUGCUUUCGCCUCGAUGGGAGGUAUGCUUUCUGGACUGGACCAGUCGCUCAUUUCCGGUGCCAACCUCUUCCUUCCCGGUGAUCUUGGCCUCAACGAUCGCCAGAACAGUCUGGUCAACUCGGCCAUGUCUCUCGGAGCUGUCGGUGGUGCCAUCAUUCUCUCUCCUGCUAACGAGUACCUUGGUCGUCGUUGGGCCAUCAUCUUCUCCUGUUUUCUCUACACUGUCGGUGGUGCUCUCGAGGCUGGUGCUCAGGACUACGCCAUGAUCAUUGCCGCUCGGCUCGUCUUGGGUCUUGGAGUCGGACUUGAGGGUGGUACCGUCCCUGUCUACGUCGCUGAGACUGUUGAGAGAAGACUUCGUGGAAACAUGGUUUCUCUCUACCAGUUUGCCAUUGCCUUUGGUGAAGUUCUUGGUUACGCUGUCGCUGCCAUGUUCGUGACAGUAAGUUCUUUUCUCGUCCAGCAAUACAAUGGGUCAUCUAAUCUUCAAUCANNGGUCCCUGGCAACUGGAGAUACAUCCUUGGAAGUUCGCUGGUCUUCUCCACUAUCAUGGGUAUCGGUAUGCUUUACAUGCCCGAGUCGCCUCGCUAUCUCAUGCACAAGGGAAAGCCCGUAGACGCCUUCAAGGUCUGGAAACGUAUCCGUGGUAUUGAGACUCUGGACUCUCGCGAGGAGUUCUACGUUAUGAAGAUGUCUCAGGAACAGGAAGAUCAAGAAGUCGCCAAUGGUCGUGGAAACGCAAAGUACCCCUGGAUGGAUCUGUUUACCGAGCCUCGCGCUCGUCGCGCCUUUGUCUAUGCCAACAUCAUGAUCGCGCUUGGUCAACUGACAGGUAUCAACGCCAUCACAUACUUCAUGAGUACCCUGAUGCAGCGUCUCGGUUUCGACAAGUACCAAGCCAACUACAUGUCUCUGGUCGGUGGUGGUUCGCUUCUCAUCGGAACCAUUCCUGCUGUUUUGUACAUGGAAAGAUGCGGUCGCCGCUUCUGGGCUUGCGCAACUCUCCCCGUCUUCUUCGUCGGUUUGAUCAUUGCCGGUGUUUCUCAGUACGCUGGUGGUGAGAAUGCUCAAAUGGGUGUUUACCUGACCGGUCUCGUCAUUUACGAGAUAGCAUUUGGUACAUAUGCCUGCCUUACGUGGGUCAUUCCUGCUGAGUCGUACCCUACCUACCUGAGAUCAUACGGUAAGCAUGUUCCUCCAUACCCACACUAUCGAUAUCUGACGCAAUCUGGCNNAGGUAUGACCACCUCCGACGGAUGGCUCUUCCUUUCCUCCUUCAUCGUCACCUACAACUUUACCGCUAUGCAGAAAGCAUUUACAAACAUUGGUCUCACUGCUGGAUUCUAUGGCGGUAUUGCUUUCGUGGGCUGGUUCUACCAACUCUUCUUUAUGCCAGAGACCAAGGACAAGACUCUCGAAGAGAUCGACCUCAUCUUCUCGCAGCCCACCGGCAAGCUCGUGGCGCAAAACUGGAAGAACGUCAAGGAGACCACCAACGACCUUCUUCGCUUCAGAGUCAAGAAGGUUUUCAUCGAUGCACACAACGCUCCUGCCGUCGACUUUUCGCAAGGCAAGCACGAGCUUGGUCACCAGGCUUAA